GGGCCUUUAGGUUGGUUUGGGGCCCGGCCAUGUCCGAUUACCGGAUCUCGGUGGAGGAGCUGAACGACCUCCUGGCUAAUGGCAGCGGCUGCUACAGCCUGCCCAGCGCCCACAGUAACGAGGUGGUGCCGCGCAUCCACGUGGGGAACGCGUUCAUGGCCAAGAACAUUUCGAGGCUGCAGCGUCUGGGGAUAACCCACGUUCUGAACGCAGCAGAGGGGAAGUCAUUCAUGCACGUGAACACUAACGCGGAGUUCUACGAAGGCACAGGCAUCAGAUACCACGGCAUUAAAGCUAAUGAUACUCAAGAAUUUAACCUCAGUCGCUAUUUUGAGGAGGCAGCUGAUUUUAUUGAGAAAGCACUUUCCCAGAAGGACGGCCAAGUGUUUGUGCAUUGCCGUGAGGGCUACAGCCGUUCUCCUACGUUGGUCAUCGCCUACCUCAUGCUCCGCCAGAAUAUGGACGUCAAGUCUGCGCUGUGCACCGUCCGGCAGAAGCGAGAGAUUGGCCCCAACGAUGGCUUUCUAAGGCAGCUUUGCCAGCUCAACGAGCAAUUAGUGAAGGAAGGCAAACUGAAGCCCUAGGGCAGAGCACUGUAGUCUUUUUUGAAGUUUCUCCGACCAUCAGAGGACAUCCUAGAUGCUUUAGAUCCCCACACCCCAACCACCGAGCUAAAUCACAUAACGUGAGUGAGACACAGUUCCUGCUUUUGUCUAGUGAAAAUAUCUUUCCUGAACACUGGGUCUGCCUUUCAAGAUGGCACGAAAUUGUAUCACUGUUCGGAGCUGCUGCAAUAAAGAGGUGUUUUUAGAGGGGUCACUCCAGUGAUGACAGUGGUCUCCACAUGUGUUUCAGAGCCACAAGCAGACUCUAGCGGACGUGGUUCACAUUGAGUGUGAUUCAUUUAAGCCUUGUCUGGUGUCCCACCAGAGCACCAUUUACUGUCAGCCCCACCACAUCUCUUCACUUGCUUUUGAUUGAGGUACUGUAUUUUCUAAAGCUUCUUUUUGAUGAACACAGGUGCCUGAAGUUUGAGUGUAAGAGCUUCAAGGAAUGGAGAAGCAAAUACACAAAUGCACAGAUGCACUCACUUGUAAAAUUAAGGGUCUGCAGUGUUGUGUUUCGUGUGGUAUGCAAUACACAGUGUGUGGUAGUAAAGCCAUCCAGAGCCCAAUCUUGAUACACACUGUAUUUUCAAGAAUACUUGUACCCCUUGCUGUUGUGAUUGACAUGAAAUAGUGUGAUAUUAAAUGCUCUUUUAUUUUUGUUUUGAAAUUGAACUAGAAAAAACCAUUGAGCAAAUGUUGAGGCAAAAACCUGAGCAAGGAAGAAACAAUGUCUGUGUUAGGAGUGCUUGGACUGGAUGUAUGAUGAGGUCCUAAGUAUCAGAAUAAAAUGGUUCCUGAGGCUUGUAUUGAG